AUGGCAAAGACAUGCAACUCCAUUUUCGGUGUCCUGCUCGUGUUUGUCAUGACAACGAUUCAGAUCAACAUGUUAUACAAGAUCGACCGCUGGAUGAACUCAGUCACCACGUGGACAAACGUUGGACUCCUGGCACUCUUUACCGCCGGACUUCUAUGUCCUUGUCUUAUACGUCCUUCGACGUUGAACUUCUGGUAUGUGGUGCUGAUGCUUUGCGGCGCUGCCUUCCUGUCUCCAUGGCACACCCAGCCAGAUGAGGCCUACACCUUCUCCUUCUUUCUUAUGGUUUUCUUCCGUAUCCCAUGUGCGAUCCUCUGCACACGAAUAGUCUAUGCGAUCGCAUUGAACUUCUUUUUCUUCGUCAUGAUGGCAUCGAGAGCCUUCUACGAAGCAGAUGAGUUCAAUCCGCUGUUCAAACCGGACGUGAUCAUUUCCACGGAGUGUCUGCUCUUCACACUGACCUUGUUCUGCACUUACGCACUCAAGAGCUCGCUUUCCCGCCGAGCGGAGAUGACGAUUCAGCGGAAGAAUGUGAAUACUCAGCUGAGUGCUGCACAGUCCUUGUUAAGGCUCACCUGCGACGCCGUGGUGGAAGUGGACAAUGACCUUCGCCUCACAAAGCACUCGCCGGAGCUUGCCGCCAUGCUGCUGAAGGGCGGCCCGUGCAACCUCGAUGGCACAAAGCUGACGGAUCUCAUGCCUCCCAUGGAGGCCCACCGAGCCGAAGAGAAUCUCCGUCGCUUCUCCGAGAAUGACCCGGAACCUGCGCAGGCUUUCCACACCCGCCUCGUGGACAGCUGUUCGAGUAAGCUGUGCAUCGAGAUGUUCCAGGUGCAAUACACGAAGACCGAUGGGCAGUACUGCCACCUCGUUGGCAUCCGCGACUUCACAGAUUCACCGGGUCUUUUGGUCCCUGCCAGCUCCGAGCAGUCUAUCGGAAACGACCUGUUCGAGGACACGCUGAGACGCUCGACAGAGUCCUCUCUGGACAUGGACAACGACUCGAUUUCCUCCACUGCAUCAGGCACCGAGGAGGCCACAAAAUCCAAGAAAACUUUCUUAGAGAUCGACAUGACGGAUAUGCGUGUGCAUGCAGCGUCCGCGCCUGUCGACUCGGUCGUGGGCAUGACGGUGUCGGAGCUCUUCCCAGCACCACACACCGUGCACCUACUACAACGCCUGCAGCACGAAGCCAUUGCCGUUGAAGACCGUGGGGAGCCACUCCGCGGCAACAGCUUCGUCUACAAGGAGCUUCCCGUUUGUUUCAGCCCGGGCAAGCCCACGGAGAUUACAGGCUCUAUGCAAGUUCUAAA